CUCAGCCACGCCCACGCGUCCAUCAAGAAAUCAUACGACCACAGACAGAAAAUGAUCUCGAAUAAAUCAAAAGAUUGAUUAUACUAGCGAUGUUGAAAUAUUAAAGCUGAAGCUAAACAAAUUGCGCGUUUUUACCGGAGGUCUCUCCCUCAUCUCGUCGAGCGUCUGACUUCAUGAUGAAACACUGCUCUAGUACCACCCUGCUGCAAAAACGAAAUUGAACAAGAUGUCACGAAAAUGCAAAGAUAUCGAUCGUGUGGAUGAAAUGAUAUGCGCAUGUCAACGUAUGGACAGAGCUAGAAACAGAUCGGAAAUGAUAUUGAAGAGAGUGCAAUACAUUUGUUCCCGAUACAACCCUGGCUCAACGUUAUGAUCCGCGCAAAAAUCGUCCCCGCAUCGCUACAGGCUUGCACUUUCGUUGUCGGAUUUCAAAUCGUAGGACUUUUUCAGUUUUUUCCCAUAGACGAUCUGCGUAAGUUUCAUCUCUGUGGAGUGGAGCUGAUUUAUAGUUCUACUUAUCUCGGGAAGCGGAGGCGCAGUUGCGUCUUCCACGUAAAAAACACAGAAGCUAAAAAAUGCAAAUCGAAAAAAAAAAUAUUUUUCUCAACGGGAAAUCAAUCGAAAGUCCGGAGUUCAAGUAAGGCUAACUUGGUACUAGUAGAAGCCCGAUAG